AUGGUCCUGACGUACGACGCCGUCUUGGCGCUCUACUCGUUUUCUGUGGAAGGAGGGGUGGGUGGGGAAGGGAGCGACGUCCUGUCGUCCCCAGCUUGCGAGCAGCGUCUCGGGAGAUGGCAUGCCUCUACGUGUGCGAUGGCAUUCCACGGAGCCACGGACACGGUGGCCGUGGUAGGCCCUUCGGGUGCCUCCUGCCCCGAUUCCUUCCUCUCCCUCACCCUCUGGCGAGUGACCGGGGGCGCCGUCGCCGCCGCCGCCGCCGCCGCCGCAACCGUCGAACAAGGCAGCGCCUACGCCGCUGCUGGCGGAGGUGCCGACCUGCGCGCCCGUGGGUCGAGGCUGGCGGGGAGGAGCGCCGCCAUGCCGCUGCCGCCGCUUCGGCUGACGGAGCUCCACUUCGUAGCGCUGGAGGGGGGGUCGCUCGUGGUCCCCGCGCCGCGGGCGGGGUUGGACAGGGCGCCCCCCGGGACGGUGCCGGCGUUGCUGCCCUUGUUUUUCCCGGGGCUGCGAGCUGUGGCGCCCCCUGUGCAGGUGGUGUUCAACCCGUCAGGAGACAGGCUGGCCGUGCUUGACAUCGCGGGAGGGGUCAGCAUCGUGGAAACUUCGGAGGACGCCGCUGUCGCCUCCUCCCUCGGCCGCAGGUGUCUUUCCGCAGACGGCCGCUCCUGGCAUCGCGUUACGGGGGCCACAGCAGCAGCAGCAGCAGCAGCAGCAGCAGCAGCAGCAGCAGCAAGAGGGCCACCGAUGCCGGCGGAGACCACCACCGCUCGCCCCUCCGGAGGCGGCACCGGCGCCGCCGUCCCGCGGGCAGUGUCCGUCGGGUGGUGGUCGGAGCUUACCCUGGCGGCGAUGUCCUCCGCUGGCGAUCUCGCUUUCCUCGACGCUCCGCCCUUGGAGGCCGGCCCCGCUACCGCCGCCACCGUCGAGAUCGCCGCCGCCUUCCGCAACAGCGCCGGAGACCGGGGGGGGGUGGGGGGACCGAGACCCCCUCCGCUGGGCCCCCGGUGCUCGGUCUGGUUCGCGGGGGACGGGCGGAGGGCGGCCGUCUGCUGGCCCGGCGCGGGGGGCG